AUGUUCAAAUACGCCGUUGUCGUCCUCGCUCUCGUUGCCUGCGCUGCUGCCAAGCCUUUGUGUGCUGCUGGUCAAUCCGUGAACUUCACUUCCCGCUCCUCUGGUGAGCCGCCGCUCCACCUGCAGUUGUUCGCUGCCCCCGCUCCGUAUGUUACUGGCCACAGCAGCCAGGUUUCACCCCGCAACUACAAUGGCAUUGCCUCUGCUCCAGUGAUCGCUCCAGUUGCCACACCAUUCGCUGCGCCAGUUGCCGCUCCAGUUGUUGCCAAAUACGCAGCUGCUCCCUUGGCGGCUCCUCUGGCUUAUCGCGCAGCUCCCUCGGCUUACACCCAUCCAGUUGCUGCUCCAUUGGCUGCUCCUCUCACCUACAGCCACCCAUUGCCUUAUGCUACCGCCUCUGCCCCACUUCUGUUUUAAAAUAACAUGGAUCUCCCAGU